AUGCAAUGGCCAUACGAGUUUGAGCAGAAUUUUGUGCUACUGGAAAGUGAUUCGGGCGAUGUGCAGGUGCUGGUCCUGGGCCGCUCAGCCCGCCUCACCUGCUUAUCUUGCUAUACGGCCAUUAUCGACCUCGCAAUAUGCUGGGUCUGCGGCGAGAUUGUACUGCGUGGAGACGACUGUGUCAGUCUGGGCUGGUGCUUCUGGCAUCGAGCAUGCUACGGCUGUCUGUUCUACGGGAGCAAGAUCAUCUACCGCGGGGUGCCGUUGUCGAACCUCUUUGACGACCACGGAGAGGACCUUGACAGGGAAGGCAUGCUAGGUAGGAGGAAGGGAAGGGAAGUUGAUGUCCCCCCGGUCUGUGUCGCUUGCUCCGUCGGCCUCGAGGGAGAAGACUUGGUGCAGAGUGGGCUGAAAAGGACCGAGAAAGUCGACAGCGGUCUUGGCCGCAUAAGAUGGGAGCUAGGCCAAGGGAAGACUGGGAACUUGGUGACAGCUCCGGCUUCAAUUCGGUCCGUCAGUCGAGACUCGUUGUCGCUACGUCGAGAUGCCCUCCGCGGUGGAGAUGAGCAACGUCCAGUGCCGCUGGAUUCUACGAUCUAUGUCUCGGUAAACGACCCUUUGGAGGAGGAAACCUUCAAACCAAGUCCAACGAAGCCAAUUCCAACUUGGAUGCAACCGUACCGGCCCAUUGAUCAGGUAGAAGAGCGUCCAGUAGCCAACAGUCCACUUCAAAGUCUCGUUGGAUUUGCACAAACCCCAGAGACAUCGGUGUCUGGCGGCUCGACGGUGGGAACAAUGGGGUCGCCAACGCCAACCUACCAGCCGACAACACCACAGUCUUUCUCGCCGUGCCCUUCGCCAAUGUCUCUCCGCAUGUGGCCAACGGACCAGCGACGUCCCCAGGCCCCCACUUGGGUUAGCAACGAACCUCUCAAGCGCCCAUCGUCCCGCCUCGCAGCUCGUCUCGGGGACCGUCUGGAAAAGACCGACACGACUACAUCAUCAGGUUACAUGACGCCUCCCGAGACCCCUGGUGAGAGGGAAGCACGACACAUCACGCCGCCCCCGCAACUAAGACGUGUCCGGCCCCGAAGCCCACUGGUGCCACCAGGCCACGGACGCAGAGCUGUGCGUCUUGUGCGCCGCACACCGCCGCCCCAGUCGGCUGAGUAUCUGGAGCUGUACAACCCCAUCCGGUCCCCUUCACCACGGCCGCGUGCUAGAGAGUCGGCCAUGGUGGCGCUGAGGCGAGUAAGCAGGACGGCUAACAGUCUAGGACAUUUGCGUGAGACACCAGAGACUGGGAUCGAUCGUGGCAGAAACAACGGAGACCACGAGAGGAUGACGGCUGACGGCGCGGAGUCGCCCCGCGAAGGGACGAGGAAGAAGACAGCUUGGAGGAGGGUCUUCGGAGGCGCAAAGUGA